AAGAAUAGUUAUUUAUAGGAUUUCUGUCAUUAAACGAGUAUGGCAGACGUGUUGCCACCCCCACCGUCCCGAUAAUGGCGCGGCCCUGUGGUGUGUUUUUUGUGGACAAGGACAAGCGGCAGUGUCAGUGUUGUUUUCAUAUAUGAGAAUCGAACAUGGCGAGGUUUUUGGGGCCUAAGAUCAGGAGUUUUGUCACCUCGCAGCUCAGAAUGUCAUCCGAUCAGUUGGGUGAGCUUGGUAAAGGUGCAGGGAAAGGUGGUGGAGGCGGAGGUUCCAUCAGAGAGGCAGGUGGAACCAUGGGCAAGAAGCAGGCUGCCGAGGAGGAGAUGUACUUUAAGCGCAAAGAGCAGGAGCAGCUGGCAGCACUGAAGCAGCAUCAUCAAGAGGAAAUUGAUCACCACAAAAAGGAGAUUGAACGCCUCCAGCGUGAGAUUGACCGCCACAAGGGAAAAAUCAGAAAGCUGAAGCAUGAUGACUGAGUAAAGCACUCUGGGAAAAAGUUCAUUUUGCACACUGUCCCAGACGCCUUGAGUAAUAAGAGAAGAAAAGAUCAACUUUAUUAAUCCCAUGAGGGAAAUUCAGUUUCACUCCAACUGCUGCAUGCAUUACUUUACUAAGGUGGACAUGAAUGUGUAGGAGAGUUUGUGUAAAUGCUUGAAAGUUAUUAAAACUGUUCACCAAAUAACAGUUGUUUCCAUGGCAUGCAAAUGUUCAAUUAUUUCAACCGCUGUUCUGUUGUGCCUCAUUGUCCUGUAUGUGGUGUGCAGGAUGCCACAGUGGUAACAUCUAAAUAUAAACCAGGCAUCAUAUCGCAAGAUCACUUCAUAAAUGGUAAUGUGAACUUCACCACUAGUUCAAAGUGCUGUAACAGUUUGACAGUUAACGCUUCUCGGAUGUUUGGAUUUGCAGCUUCAUAUUGUUCUAUGCCAGUGUUAAGUAGGCUAUGGAACAUGUGCUCAACGUCAACAGCGGUCAGCACAUUACAACCCCAUUUCAACUCAUUUUAGUAAAAUAUAAAUAAAUUCUGAUGAUAACAAUCACUAAUACCAAGAAAUAUAUGUUAUCUUUGUUUAAAUACAAACAUUAUGCAUAGUAAAAGGUUAGCAUGACAAAAAAAAGGAAUGAGGUAAAGAACAAAUGAACAAUGAUCGCAUACAUUUUAGAGAACAAAGGAAUGGACUUUGUCUGGCAUGGAUUGACCAGGUGGGCCUCAUCUGCUUGGCAUUCUGCAGUGACUACCUACAACAUGCGUGCACCACCUAUCAUCUAUAACAAAACCAUUUAGGGUAUUACAGUGUUUAUAUAUGUCUAACCCAGUAACUAAAUCCAAAUGGGACCAUGUAGUGAUGCCAUUUUCCAAAUCUAGUAAUUUCACUUAUGACCUGGCCAGCAAGAACCAACACGAGGUGUAAACGUGGGUUCCCCCAUGUAGUUUUUACAAGUCUCUACAUGAUUUUCAAUUUAUGUGAAAAUCACAGACUAUUGGAUUUUGCAGAUAAUCAAAAAGCCCAUCCCAGCAGACAUAAGGCUCCGUUUUUAGUUAAUCUUGCCCUACCGGGUUCAGAUGCAGAUUAUUUGAAUAUUUUGGUAUUUUACUAAUGAAUGAAACAGUCUAAAACUAUAUUAGUUAGGCGGUGCAACUAAACUACGGCACACGAUAACAGGGGCGGUAAAACACGUUACACGAACAAGGAGAAGGAAUUCUGAAUGUCAUCACUUCCGCUCACCCCUGCCUUUUAGCACGAGCAACCCCGUCUGUCUUUCUUUUCGCUCAUCAUGGCGGACCGGUUCAAUAAGGUUCUGCUGCUUGAUGGCAGGGGCCACCUACUUGGCCGCCUGGCAGCCAUUGUGGCUAAGCAAGUCCUCCUGGGACACAAAGUUGUAGUGGUGAGAUGUGAAGGCAUCAACAUUUCCGGCAACUUCUACCGCAACAAGCUGAAGUACCUGGCUUUCCUGCGCAAGAGGAUGAACACCAACCCCUCUCGUGGACCGUACCACUUCAGAGCUCCCAGUAGGAUCUUCUGGAGGACUGUCAGAGGUAUGCUACCCCAUAAAACCAAGAGAGGCCAGGCUGCCCUGGAGAGGCUGAAGGUGUUUGAUGGUAUCCCCCCACCAUAUGACAAGAGGAAGCGCAUGGUCGUCCCAGCUGCUCUUAAGAUUGUGCGUCUGAAGCCCAGCCGCAAGUUUGCUCUCCUUGGGCGUCUGGCGCACGAGGUUGGCUGGAAGUACCAGGCUAUCACAGCUACUCUGGAGGAGAAGAGGAAGGAAAAGGCAAAGCUCCGCUAUCAGAAGAAAAAGACAGUGACCAAGCUUACCAAGCUGGCAGAAAAGAACGUAGAGGCUAAGAUCUCAAAGUACACAGACGUUCUGAAACAAUACGGUGUACUUGUCUAAGCUGGUUUCUUCUGGCCAAUAAAAAAUAAAUAAAUGUUUAUAGAAAGUGUUUUGAAUGUUCAUUUGUCUGGAUGUAUCAUUUGCUGUGAUGUGAAUACUAAGAUGACAUAACCACAUGUUGUAACUAACAUUAAAUCGUUCCUAAUUUUCUUGUGCACACCUUAGGAUCAAACCAUGGUAUGCCCCCAAGAUUGUUGGUAUAAAGGAAAUUCAACUAGUUACUUGCAAAAACUGCUUGGACUCUGCUUACAUCAAUGCCCUGGCACAGCUGCCUUCUAAAGAUGGCAGCCCUGUCUCACAGUAUGGCCAAAGCAAAGGAAGAUGAUGCGCAUUGUGAAAUGAAA